AUGUCUUUUAUCAUUUAUUUUUUUUUGAAUAAUGAUGCGACGUAUAAACCACCAAUUGCAAUAGCUCCAACGACUCCUGACAUAAUCAUAGCACCCACCAAUCCCUCUGUUAAUAUUCAG